AUGACUGAUUAUAGCGUAAUUUUUCAACCUUUUGUGGACUUGUUUAAUCAAGCACAAGUACAAACUAUUCUAUUGGCAUGGCUUCCAACAAAGAUAGGACAUCUCCUACCUGGAAUAAUGGCAGUAGAUAUGUUUAUAACUACAAUAAUUGCUUCAGGACUUACUGUGUUGUGUGGAGCAAUAUAUGCUAUGUCACAAUCAUUUUUUUCGGGUAAAGGUUGGGGUACAAGUUUAGUAACCGUACAGAUCGAGUAUUAUGUUACUGCUUUAUCAUGGAUCAUUUCUAAACAAACCAAAAAAUUAGAAAAAGGAUCAUUCAUCGUUCAACCAACCAAUGAAUAUCAAGAUAAUGAUGAUGAUGAAUGUGCACCACCUACAUUUAAUAUUCUUCCUGAAGCGAAUCAACAAAUUAGCAUUGAGUAUAAAGGACGUAAAUUUAAUGUUACAUUUAAUAUGCCAGAAGGAGAGAUUGAAGAUUCAAAUAGUGAUGUUGAUUCAAUUGCCGAAUUUAUUAAUGAGGUGACGCGUGCUUAUCUUGAAUCACAAAAAAGAGAUAAAAUACGAGCAAGAUAUGAACGUACUGAUGGAUAUUGGUAUAGAGUACAAAGUUUAUCAUCAAUUAGAGGAUUAGAAACUGUUGCUUUAGAUGAAACACAAGAACAAUUAUUAAAAAAAGAAUUAGAUACAUUUGUUAAUGAUAAAGAUUUUUAUGGAAGAAUUGGUAUGCCUUAUAGACGUGGAUUUCUUCUUUUUGGAAAACCAGGAACAGGAAAAACCAGUCUUAUAAAUGCGAUUUCAUCCCAAUUAUCUCGUGAUCUUUAUUAUAUUAAUCUUAAAAACAUUGUAAGUGAUAAUGAAAUGAGUGCAGCUUUUAGUUCUGUACCAUCCAAUCAAAUAAUUGUUCUUGAAGAUGUUGAUGCUCAAUCAAAAGUUCUUCAUAAAAGACGUAAUGAUGAUGAUGAUAAAUUUUCUAAAGGAAUUUCUUCCGAUGAUAAUAAAGGGGGUAAAACUGGUUCUGGAUUUUCUAUGAUUAGUUUAUCAAAUUUCCUCGGAUGUUUAGAUGGUCAUAUAAUGUCUGAAGGUAAUAUAAUAAUUAUGACCACAAAUCACGCUGACCAUUUAGAUCCUGCUUGUAUUCGUCCCGGUCGUAUGGAUGUGCAUUUAAAUCUCGAAUACUGCACACAUUAUCAAAUAAAGAAAAUGUAUCGUAGUGUUGUUGAAGAUUCUAAAGCAGAAUUUCCUGAGGAUAUUUUACAAAAAAUUCCUGAACGAUUAUUACCUCCUUGUGAAGUUAUGAUGACUAUGGUAUUAUAUAGAAAUGAUAUAGAGCUUAUUCCAGAAAAAGUUUGUGAUUUGGUUAAAAAAUAUAAAGAUAUGAAACCUGAGGACAUUGCAAAACAAAUGGAAGAAGAAGCACGCAGAAUUGAAGCUGCUUCUAAACAACCUGAAAAAGAAGAAACUAAGUCGGAAGAAACUAAAUCUGAAUCGAAAGAAACUAAAACGGAAGAAACUAAAUCUGAAGGUGUUAAAUCUGAAGCAACUAAAACUGAUGAUGUUAAAUCCGAAGCAACUAAGACUGAUGACGUUAAAUCUGAAGCAACUAAGACUGACGAUGUUAAAUCCGAAGCAACUAAGACUGAUGAUGUUAAAUCCGAAGCAACUAAGACUGACGAUGUUAAAUCCGAAGCAACUAAAGCUGACGAAGAGACCAAAGUCAAGAAAGCAGAGGAUGAAGAAAAGAAAAAGGAUGAAACUUUAAAAGUUGAAAAUAAGUUGAAUUCAACCAAUAUGACAAGAAGUUCUAGUAAUCGUAGUGAAACAACUUGUAUAAACGAUGAAGAAAAUGGUGGUAGCGGUAAUACUACUGAUGUUGAAGUAGAUGAUAUUCAAACAACUAAGAAUUUAAAAUUUGAACCAAUAAUAACAAACGACACAAAUCCUCAAAUUAAUGUUUCAUAA